AUGGCGGGCAUGGCUAAUUCAGAGCUUAUAGACGCGGAAUUGAGACAAGUCGCCAAUGGUUUUGACUAUAAGGUGCCGCACCCAUUGUACAAGCCAACAAAGAGCAAGAUUGUGCCCUGUGCAGACUCACUCUGUACUACACUGCUCAGCUCACAGAUUCCUAACAACAAGCAGUGCCCCUCACCACACCAAUGCGACUACAAAAUCAAGUACACGGACAGCUCGUCUUCUCGCGGUGUGCUCGUUACCGACAGCUUCGGCCUAACCCUACGGAAUUCAUCCCGUGUUAGUCGCAGCCUCACCUUUGGCUGUGGCUAUGACCAGCAGGUGGGAAAGAAUGGGGCAGUGCAGGCAGCGACAGAUGGCUUGCUUGGGCUUGGGAGGGGAUCAGUUAGCUUGGUCUCGCAGCUCAAGCAGCAAGGCAUCACCAAGAAUGUACUUGCCCAUUGCCUCAGUACGAACGGAGGAGGGUUCCUCUACUUUGGGGAUGAUAUCGUGUCUACCUCACGCGCAACGUGGGUGCCGAUGGCUCGUAGCACAUCUGGGAAUUACUACUCACCUGGCUCAGGAACACUUUACUUCGAUAAACACCCACUAGGAGUGAAGCCAACGGAGGUGGUAUUUGAUAGAGGUAGCACCUAUACGUACUUUGCUGCCCAGCCAUACCAAGCGACUGUUUCUGCGAUCCAAGCUGGUCUCAGCAAGUCACUUACGAAGGUGUCUGACCCCAGUCUACCUCUUUGCUGGAAAGGGCAGAAAGUGUUUAAAUCUGUGUCUGACAUCAAGAAGGAGUUCAAAUCACUCUUCCUGAUGUUUUCGAAGAAUACAGCCAUGGAGAUCGCUCCUGAAAACUACCUCAUUGUUACCAAAAAUGGAAAUGUGUGCUUGGGCAUUCUUGACGGGUCGGUGGCCAAACUUAAUUUCAACAUAAUUGGAGAUAUCACAAUGCAGGAUCAGUUGGUAAUUUAUGACAAUGAGAAAGGGAAACUUGGAUGGAUCCGUGGAUCAUGCAGUAGGGGCACUAAGUAUAUUAUAUCUUCAUUUACAUGGUAUUUGCUUAUAAUCCAACUUUUAUCCCAUCCGUUAAAAAGCUGGAUAUAUCAUUAUUGA